AUGAACAAGCCGCGCCAGACGCCGGGGACCUUCUUUGACGUUCAAUCGGCAGACUCGGGCAUCCCUGACGAUCCCGUCCGUCGGCCAAGGGGCGGAGGCGAGUCCGAGGAGAGCGCGUUCCUCGCGCAGUUCGGCCGGCAGACGCACCAGCGCAACCUCAGGGUCUUCUGGAAGCCGCUCCUCCUCGCAGGCUUCCUGACCAUCACCGGCUCCAUCCUGGUGAUCGUUGCGCUCGUGGAGCUCGAGCUCAGCGCCGCCUCGGGCCUCGCUCUGCUCAUCCUGGGCUGCCUCCUCCUCCUUCCGGGCGCCUACCACGCCCGCAUCGCGUUCAAGGCGCUCCGCGGCACGGAGGGCUUCUCGCUCUCCGACAUCCCGGAAGUCUAG